CCCAGUGAGGCAGAGCUGCUGUCCCAGACGCAGUGGUUGCAGACUAAGGUACAAUAGCUACUCUAGAGACAGGCUUUAUAGGCUGCGGUGCAGUUCAUUUUGUGAUCACUGCAGGCUGAGACGGCACUCGCAGACAUGAGGUCCACCCUUCUGUGGACAUGUGGGACGCUUCUGCUGCUGAUCAGGGUCCCACAGCGGGUCUCUGUUUUCGCUCAGGGCCAGUUUCAAGAGCAGGGAGGCCCAGCCAGUUGCCCUCUCAGUCUCCGCCCAGCCGGCAGCUGUGGGGAUGGGGGUGAGUGCCCUUACCAGAUUACGCUGCCACCGCUCACUGUCCACUUGCCAAAGGAGUUUCACCUGUUGGAGAAGACCAUGGAGGAGCUGCAGGCACUGAAAAGGGAGGUCAACAUGCUCCGACGCUCCUGCUUGGAAUGCCAGCUGCAGGGCGACCAGAUCCUACAGAGAGACAGCGGAACCACUCCAGAAUCAAGUGGGAUACCUGUCCCAACCCCAACCACCAGUGUGGGUGGUGGACACCCCUGGGUCCCAAAAAGCCCAAACUUGCAGGAGAUGCAGAUGAACAUAUCCAAGAUAUCCAUGAGCUUGGAUAAUGCCACCACCCAGAUAGAUGUUCUGCACGAUCAGCUGGAAAAGUUCAGCCUCAUCAACAUGACGAAUGUGGAGAACAUGGUGGAUGUCAAGGUGAAGAACAUUACCAUGAUGUUUGACCAACUCAACAGCAAGUGUACCAGCCCCUGCCCAGCAAAGGAGCCACCAAAACCGAAACCGCUGCUGGUCGCACGGGACUGCUCUGACUACAUGAUGGUGGGAAAGCAGAAAAAUGGUGUGUACCGUGUGAGGCCAGUCCCACGAGCUGCUGCCUUCAGUGUCUUCUGCGAUAUGACGUCAUAUGGUGGAGGUUGGACCAUAUUGCAGCAGCGCAUCAAUGGCAGCGUCAACUUCAACCGCACUUGGGAACAAUACAAGAAGGGCUUUGGUGACCUGCAAGGUGACUUCUGGCUGGGCAAUGACAAUAUACACCUGCUAACCUCAGCCAAGGACAUGAUCCUGCGCAUCGACCUUGAGGACAUUCAUGGGGUGCGUGAGUAUGCCAAGUAUGAGUAUUUCUACGUGGCCAACGAGUUCCUGAACUACCGCCUGUCUAUCAGGGGAUACUCAGGCACGGCGGGCGAUGCGCUGCAUUUUAGCAAGCGCUACAAUCACGACCAGAUGUUCUUCACCACCCCUGAUAAGGACAAUGACAUGUACCCCUCAGGCAACUGCGGGGCCUACUACAGCUCGGGCUGGUGGUUCGAUGCCUGCAUGUCUGCCAACCUGAAUGGGAAAUAUUACAAGAAACCAUACAAAGGGGUUCGAAACGGAAUAUUCUGGGGCACGUGGCACAACAGCUCCUCCGAGUUCUACCCAACAAAUUACCGCCAGGCCUUCAAAACUGUCAAAAUGAUGAUCAGACCAAAAAACUACACACCUUAAAACACAAGGCCUGAUCAGAAUCUCCUUAGUAAGAAUUCCUGUUUGAGCUUGUUUUUCAGAGAAUAACAUUCUUGUUUCUUGGAGAACUCCCAUGGCUCCCAUUUGGCACUAUUAAGAGUUAAAAUUGUUCUUUCAACAUUGUAAAGUGUCACAUUGUGAACUUGUGAACGGCCUACCUUAAUACCGCAACAGAAAAACUCUUAUUUUUUGAUUUCCAUCACUUUCUGUUACUUUUAUCCAGCUGUAAGAUUGACUAUAUAUUUCUUAAGUGUUACAGCAAUUGAACGUAUAUAGUACUUACUUACUUAUGCCUACUACCCCUCUUGGGGCAUAGGCUGUCAACAAGGGCUCUCCAGGCAUCUCUCUGAGAUGUCCUGAGUACUUGUUGGCUUUUCUGUAGUGGUGUGGGUUUUUUACGGGAUGGGGUCGCUAGCCCCAUGCCCAACCCUCCUCCUUUAUCCGGGCUUGGAACCGGCAGGGGACCCCGAAGGAAUCCCUCGGCGGAGUUACGUAUACAGUAAGAGCAUGUUAUUUUACUUUACUGGCACUAAUAAUAAUAUAUUCUGAUGUGAAACAAUCAUUACUCAUAGUAAACAGAGUUCUACGUGGUAUCUUGAUGGACUUUGAAGGUUAGGACACCCCCAGAUGCACGAUGAACACUCAGAACUGGAAGUGAAACAGAAAACGAAUAUAUAUGUAACUGAGGGAAGAGAAAACCAAACUGGCAGCCAUUCAAGCAACAUGUUUAAAUCAUUCAGUGCAGAGCAGAACGCUCAAAAAGAUGUGUAAAUAUAGACAUACGGAAGCUUUCUAGUGAAAGACUAGUGCUGCAGCGACGCCAUUGUUUGGGAAUCCUGACACCUUGUGGUAUAAAGUGUAACUACAUCACAUUGCCCGAAAGUCCAGCUGCACUUGGGAAGGAGAGGUCGUGAAACAGAAAUGUACAGUAUUUAUUUUCAGACGUAUUUUAGCAAUUGAAAUGUAUCCCCUAAUUCGGUUACGGUUUAUUGUUGUAAAUUAUUUAACUAUCUUUGCUGCUUUCAAUGAUAUGAACCGAAACAUGGCAUGAUAGGGACAUUUUGAAAAGAUGUGUUUGGACUGAGCGAGAGAGAAAAAUCAGUACCUCUGGUGAAUAAACUUAUACCCUGAAACCAAGACUGAAAUUUUCUAGAACGUUUUUCCUGUCACCAGAAAUGCUGUUUUUUUUCAGAGUGUUAUACUGUUUUCUGAAAAAAGUAAA